AUGACCUCCUCUAAGGCCCUAUUCACACCCACACUCACUGCGAACCUGUCGAGAGCGGCCAGCAAGGGCUUGCUCUGCUCAACCGCCACUUCUACAGGCCUUCGGGCCUGUUGUGCAGGUCUCAGACCGUUCGAUGCCCAGUCAAGACGGCACUUCUCAGUCUCUCGCAGGACACAGCUCGACUUCUUUCCGCCUCCUAAGAACCUCCCACACAUCAAGUUGACUCCUCCGGCAUGGCCACAUCCCGAGGCCACGGAAGAGCAACUCAAGAGCAUCGAGAUUGCUCACCGAGAACCACGAGGAUUCUCCGACCGAGUCGCAUACAACAUGGUCCGGUUUCUGCGGUGGGGCACCGACCUGGCCACAGGAUAUCGACAUGACCCGGACAAGCCAUAUGUGAUGAAUGAGAGGAAGUGGUUGAUUCGGUUCAUUUUCCUCGAGACCGUUGCUGGUGUUCCGGGCAUGGUUGCCGGCAUGCUUCGGCACCUGCGGAGUCUGCGGUCGAUGAAAAGGGACAAUGGCUGGAUUGAAACAAUGCUGGAGGACGCCUACAAUGAGCGGAUGCACCUGCUGACAUUCCUCAGAAUGGCCGAGCCGGGGUUGUUCAUGAGACUCAUGAUUCUCGGAGCUCAGGGUGUUUUCUGCAACGGCUUCUUCGUUGCGUACCUCCUCUCACCAAAGACCUGCCACCGCUUUGUUGGAUACCUGGAAGAGGAGGCAACCAAGACCUAUACGUUCGCUAUCGAAGAUCUCGAAUCGGGGAAAUUGCCGGAAUGGCAGAAUUUGGAGGCCCCUGAGAUUGCCGUCAAGUAUUGGAACAUGCCUGAAGGCCACCGCAGCAUGAGAGACCUCCUAUACUACAUCCGAGCCGACGAAGCGAAGCAUCGCGAGAUUCAUCACACGAUGGGCAAUCUCGAUCAGGCCGAAGACCCGAACCCGUUCGCCUCUGAAUACAAAGACCCCGCAAAGCCCCAUCCCAGCAGAGGUAUCGAGCACAUGAAGGCUACGGGCUGGGAGAGGGAAGAAGUCAUUUAA